GACUGCGCCAGGGAGGCCAGGCACAGCGGGCCUAGCGGGCCACUCCUCCUCGGGAAGCGGUUUUGCAGCCCUUUCCGCCCGCGGUGUCGGCGGCUCGGCGGCGUCCUCGGCUCGGCACGCACGCGGGGGCGGGUCACGGCGGCGUGUGGCUGGCUGGCCGGCGGGUUCGGCGGGGAGGCUGAGGCGGCGGCGGGGACGGCGGCAGCGCGGGUGCCGGCAGGCGGGCUGUCGGGGAGAUGGGAGACCCAGGGUCGGAGAUAAUAGAAUGUGUCCCUCCAGCUGGGCCUGAGGCGUCCGAAUCAACACCCGAGGAAAAUGAAGAUGACAUUCAGUUUGUUAGUGAAGGACCAUUGAGACCUGUUCUGGAAUACAUUGAUCUGGUCAGCAGUGAUGAUGAAGAGCCUAGCACCUCUCAGAGUGAGGAUAACGUUAAGCAUAAAGACCAUAUUGACCAUCAGAAGGAUAAAGUCGCCUUGACUCUGGCUCGUCUAGCCCGCCAUGUUGAAGUGGAGAAACAGCAGAAAGAAGAGAAGAAUAGAGCAUUCAGGGAAAAAGUAGAUUUUCAACAUGCUCAUGGGUUACAAGAAUUGGAAUUUAUUCGAGGACAUUCUGAUACAGAAGCAGCGAGACUGUGUGUGGACCAAUGGUUAAAAAUGCCAGGACUCAAAACAGGCACAAUUAAUUCUGGAACAAAAGGUUCGUUCCGAAGAGGAGGCCAAAUACGAGUGUCUGGGAAGCCAAUUUCAUGUCCCAUAAUGCACUGUAACAAGCAGUUCGAUAAUGGGCACCUUCUCUUAGGACAUUUGAAAAGGUUUGAUCACUCUCCAUGUGAUCCAACAAUUACACUGCAUGGACCUUUCAUCAGUUCUUUUGCUUGUGUAGUAUGUUAUAAAAAUUUUGUUACUCAACAACAAUAUAGGGAUCACCUUUUUGCUAAGGAAGCUGCAGAUGAUGGACAUAAAAACAACCUUCUUCCUCAGAUUAUUCAGUGUUUUGCGUGUCCAAAUUGCUUCCUUCUUUUUAGCAGCAAGGAUGAGUGUUUGAAGCAUAUGUCUGGAAAGAAUCAUUUCCAUCAGAGUUUUAAACUGGGUGAUGACAAGGGAAUGGCACAGCCAAUAUCAUUUCCAUCUUUUGCAAAGAAACUUUUGAUCUCUCUGUGCAAAGAUGUUCCAUUUCAAGUUAAGUGUGUGGCCUGCCACCAGACACUGCGUUCCCACAUGGAGCUCACUGCCCAUUUCAGAGUUCGUUGUCGAAACGCUGGUCCUGUAGCUCUAGCUGAGAAGAGCAUUGCUCAGGUGGCAGAGAAAUUCCUACUGAGAGGUUAUUGUCCACAUUGCAACCGUGUCUUUGUGGAUGAAACCAGUACCCGGAAUCACAAGCGGAACUCAGGACACAAAGUCCGAGUCAUUAACUCAAUGGAAGAAUCAGUCUUACUUUAUUGCCACAGCAGUGAAGGGAACAAACCCCCUUCUGACUUGCACCUGUUGCAAGAUAAGUCAAAAUUUUCAUCACUUAAAAGAAAUAUGUCCGUUCGAGAAUCUAGCUCAGAAGAUUGCAGCACUGUUCCAAAAAAGAAGAUUAAUUUAGGAGAUAAAAGCCAUGGGGGUAUGGUUUGUGUUCAGAAGGAAAAGUCACUUGUUAAAACCUGGUUUUGUGAAUGCCAGCAACGCUUCCCAAGUGAAGAUGCAGUAGAAAAGCACGUUUUCUCAGCAAACACGAUGUGUUAUAAGUGUGUGGUCUGUGGGAAGGUGUGUGAAGAUUCAGGAGUCAUCCGUUUACAUAUGAGCCGCAUUCAUGGAGGGGCACAUUUAAAUAACUUUCUUUUCUGGUGUCGGACAUGCAAAAAGGAGUUGGCAAGGAAAGAGGCUAUAAUGGCCCAUGUGACUGAGUUUCAUAAUGGACACAGGUAUUUUUAUGAGACAGAUGAGGUAGAAGGUGACACUUUGCCGUCAUCCUCUACAACGUUGGUGAAUGAUCUGACUGCUGAUAAUCCUUUUUCGACUAUUACUAUUCUUGAUCAUUCCCCAGCAACCAGUCCUCCAAGCGGUAAAUGGCAAUGCCGAAUUUGUGAAGAUACGUUUGACUCCCAAGAAUGUGUGAAACAACACUGCAUGUCUUUAGCAAGUCACCAGUUUCAUAGGUAUAGCUGCGCCCAUUGCAAAAAGACUUUUCACAAGAUGGAAACACUGUAUCGACAUUGCCAAGAUGAGCAUGACAACGAAAUAAAGAUGAAGUAUUUCUGUGGCCUUUGUGAUCUGAUCUUUAAUGUGGAAGAAGCGUUUCUGAGUCAUUAUAAGGAGCACCACAGCAUAGACUAUGUAUUUGUGUCAGAAAAAACGGAAACUUCCAUUAAAACCGAGAGUGAUUUUCCAGUUAUAGAGACCGGUAACCUACUCACGUGCGGCUGCCGGGAGAGCUACCUCUGCAAAGUCAACAGAAGGGAGGACCACGCUCGCUGUCUGCAGACUCUCCUGGGCCAGGGCCGCCUGUGGUUCCGCUGUGGCGUGUGCUCGGCCACGGCGCAGGCCACGGAUGACAUGCUGGCACACGUGCGCCAGGUGCACGCGGAGCCGGAGGGCGCAGAGGGCACGCCGCGGUGCCUGAUCAAGUGCGGCACCUGCACCAGAGCCUUCCAGGAUCCCGAGAGCGCGCAGCAGCACUUCCACAGGAAACACUGCUUCCUGCGGGAGCCCAGCGUGGCCUGCUUUGGGCCUGAGCAGACGAGCCCGUACACGUUUGCUGCCAGUUCCUCCCGUGCAGAGAGAAAGCUGAGACAGGCAGCAAGCUGUCCACAGACUUCAGACCUGGAGAGAGGAGCCGAGACUGACGUGAGCUGUCAGAGUACAGAUGAAGAGGUUGUUGAGCUCCCAGAUUUGGAUUACCUGCGAACCAUGACUCACAUAGUCUUUGUAGACUUUGAUAACUGGUCCAACUUUUUUGGUCAUCUACCAGGGAAUCUUAACCAAGGAACAUUUAUUUGGGGCUUUCAAGGAGGAAACACCAACUGGAAGCCUCCCGUCAACUGUAAGAUCUAUAAUUACCUAAACAAGAUUGGGUGCUUCUUCCUUCAUCCUCGCUGUAGUAAAAGAAAAGAUGCUGCUGAUUUUGCCAUAUGUAUGCAUGCUGGCCGUCUGGAUGAACAACUGCCCAAGCAGAUUCCUUUCACCAUCCUCUCAGGAGAUCAAGGUUUUCUGGAGCUAGAGAAUCAAUUUAAGAAGACUCAGAGGCCAGCACAUAUACUCAACCCUCACCACUUAGAGGGAGAUAUGAUGUGUGCCUUGUUAAAUAGCAUAUCUGAUACGACCAAAGAAUGUGACAGUGAUGAUAACCUGGGUAUGAAGAGUACUUCAAUGGGAGAAGAAUUCAGAUCCACAGAAGAUGUGGAAUUAGAAGAAGCGAUUAGAAGAAGUCUUGAGGAAAUGUAAUUAAAGAUAUUACCACACAGCAUCAAGUGGCCUUGAAGAGACUCAGGAUAAUAAAUUCUUGAGUUUGUUUUCUAAAGGAGAUCAGAAAUCUGCUAGUACAAAUGUACUUGAAAACUUUUUUUUGCUUUCAUAUGUUCAAAAUCUGAUAUUGCUUUGUAUUUUUGUGCUAUUUUGCAAAAAUGUAUAGAGGAAUAGAAUACAUGGUAAUGCAAAUACAAAUCAUGAAUUCUAAUAUAGGUAUCAUGUUUCCCAGUUAACUUUGAAUUCAUAUAUUUAGGUUACAAGAAUUAAAAAUUAGAAAAGCCCUUGACUAUUGUUUAUAUGUUUCCCAAAUAGAAUUGGUUCUUUAAUUUUAUUUGUACAGUACAGAUGAUUCUAGUUUAUUUUUUUAGGAGUGAAAAUGAAUAUAAAUAAAGCUGUCAUAGCUCACUUUUUCUGUAAAUUCUGCUCAUGUGGCACUAAUAUAUAAUACCUUUGAGAUCUUUGAUUAUUGGGAGAGAGUAAUGGAAACUGAUCAUGGAAAGAGAUGAAAAAUUUUAUCAGCAAUGUUCUUUGUGGGUUUCACUCAUAUGUAUAUCCCUGCUUUAAUUAGAGCUGCAUAUUGCUGGAAUAAAAAAAAAUUUUCUUUGAAAAUAGUGAAAAGAAACUUUUGCCAUUCCUUUUACCUGCUUAGACUUUUUUUUUUUUUUUUGCGGUACACGGGCCCCUCACUGUUGUGGCCUCUCCCGUUGCGGAGCACAGGCUCCGGAAGCGCAGGCUCAGCGGCCAUGGCUCACGGGCCCAGCCACUCUGCGGCAUGUGGGAUCUUCCCGAACCGGGGCACAAACCCGUGUCCCCUGCAUCGGCAGGUGGACUCUCAACCACUGCGCCACCAGGGAAACCCCUGCUUAGACUUUUAUGUGACUUGUAUUAUCUACUGUUUAAAGGGAAUGAUGUAAAAAAUAUUUGCAUAGAAUUAGGCAUAUUUUUAAUAAUAUUAAUUCUUUUAUAUAUAUUUGUGUAAACAUAGUAUUCUUCAGAAAAUAACGUUGAAAGUUCUACUCAGGAGUAAUCUUCCUUAACCCUUUAAAAUUUUUAUUUCAUAUGGAGGUAUCUUCAUUUUAGUUAUUAAAAUGUUAGUUUCCUACUGUUGGUAUUAAAUAUUUAAUUUUUAAAUGUUGAGGCCACAUUGUGAAUAAUAAAAAACGUUACCUAAUUAGGAGACUAAGAAGGGGUUUGUCGUACAGUCUUUGUGUAUAUGCUUCAAGUUAUUUGACCCAGAAAUGUCAUCCCUAAAAAUUUCAAGUAGUAAUUACUUACCAAAUGUAAAAUUUUCUGUAAAUAUAAAUUUUUCUUUAAGACAGAAAAAAAAUAUAUCAUGGCUAGAACUUUGAUCUUUCUCUGUAACUAGAUAGUUUAGUGUGAAAUAGUAUUACUGGGUUUUUUUAUUAUUAUUAUAAAGUCUUUUCAAUCCACAUUGGAAACCAAUUUGUGUUUUUAUUUCUUAAGCUGUCAGUUCUGUCCUACCUGCUUGCAUUUUUUUUCAAGUACACAUCAUAGCUUGAGAAUGUACUAGUCAUUUUUGCAAAGUGACCACAUUGUAUUUUUAAUUUGCUUGUUAGAGUAGUUAAGGCUUUGGGUGGUAGUCAUGGAGCCGGACCUUAAAGACAUCUGCAGGAGCUUGCUCAGUAGUGAGGAGCAGAAAGAGUGUUCCAGAAAGAAGAGUGGUCCAGUAGAUGUAGGGGAGGUGCCACACACAGGUGGGAUGCAGCCUGUGUUCUACUAGGACGCUUGUGUGGUGUCUAUGGUCAAGAGUAACUGAGGCUUUUCAUAUGACAGGAAAGGGAUAAUUCAUCAUGAUCCUUUAAAUAAGGUAACUGCGUUGUUUAAUGUUUUAAUUAAUAAUUGUCACUGAUUCUAUUUCUACUUAAUAAGCAAUUAAAAAUCACUUUUAAAUUACUUCAUAAGUUGAAGUUAAGUUAGACACAAGGAGGAGAGGUAGUCUGGAUGUUACAGAAAGUUAUGGGGAAUAUUAUCAAGAAUAAAUGUUUCUAACAUUGACAGUGAUGCUUACCUGUUUGUUUUCAUUUUUUAUUUUAUUGUGAUUUUUUUCUUGUAAAAAGUUUUUAUUGUGAUUCCUUAUUUUUAUACCUGAAUAACAACUUUUGUCAAAGCAAUGAUGGAUAACAUAUGUUUAUUUUAAAAAGGAUUUGUAGAUAAUGUACUGAUAGUAUCUGGUUGGUGGUAUCAUUGAUUGUCUUAAAUAAAAAUAUCUCGGU